AGAAAACACUGUAUUAAAAAAAAACAAUGGUAAAUAAUUUAUUUGCGGUACACAUAGGUAUCAAAACUCCUUUGUUAUAAACCUGAACAAUGACGCAAGGGUUUGUUGUAAUUACAUACCGGGAGGCGAUGGACCGGUAACUGCAAUUAAAAAUAAGUUAUUUUGCCCCUGAUAUGACGUCAAGAUCAAGGAUUGUAUGACGACUGUUCAAAUUACCCAAAAAAUGCAGGAAGGAAGUGUAAAUCACUAUAUAACAGUACUUUAGUGACGUAAAGCUUUGACGUUUGAAAGCUAAAACCAGUUACAAUGAUGUAAAAGAUGGGAAAGGUUAAGGAAAAUGCGUAUGCAUGUGGAAUGAUGGCGGAUGGCCUGAGGAAGGAAAGAUAAAAUCUGUCGAAAUGCAUUCGACUUUCAUGUAGAAAUCUUUUUUGUUUAAAGGAUGACAAAUAAACAUCCCUACUUUUUGUUUACCAUAAAAGUAUAGAGUUGUGUGAGGAAAACUGCGAACAUACAUCACAGAAACUUUGCCCUUUCAUGCGCGGAUGCGCGAAGGAUUUCGUCAUCUUAUCUAGCAUAUAUGCGGGAUAGGAUAACGGAGAUGUUGCAAUGAAAUAUGUGAUUAACAGAAGAUCAAGACCACCGGUACACUAUUCAAUAAUGAUUACACGUCCAAUAGAAAGGUUUGGUUGCUACCCUAAGGUGCGAACAAAGCAGAACACGCGCGUAACUAAUAUCGUUUGUACGCUGCGGUGCACUUGACGCACGGCCCAACCGAGCACUGGGACCUGCCACCAGUCAUGAAUGUUUGUUCAAACAACAAACUUCAUAAACAUAUUUGACUGAAAAUAAUAAACGGAUAACACCAAUAAUGUUUUCGAUCAAAUGGCGGAUUAUGUUAGCGUUUACAAUACUGCUACAUCACGGCGUUACGGGUUCUUGGCUCCAGUGGCAAAAAUAUAGGAACAAUAUCUUAUUGAGGCUUGCAUCCCUAAGGGCACUCAAAGGUGAAGACAUAGACAAGACCAUAACAGUUGAGGACAUAGAGAAGCACCCAAUGUGGGUGAAGCUGGAUGCAGUGGAUUGUGGAGAGAGCGCCGCUGACCGCAUCAUCGGAGGAGUCAGCGCGGGCCUGGGGCAGUUCCCUUGGAUCGCAAGACUUGGUUAUCUUGAGGAUGAUGAGAUGGACUGGAUGUGUGGUGGAGCCCUAGUGACUGACCGCCACGUGGUCACAGCCGCGCACUGCGUACAGAAGUCAGAAUAUGGACCCGUAUUGACUACAAUCCGCGUGGGGGAGCACGACACGCGAACGGAUCCUGACUGCGAGCUGACAGUGUGCGCGCCUGCAGUACAGGACCGAUCCAUAAAGAACAUCACCAGCCACCCACUGUUCAACAAGCCCGCCUUCCAUAAUGACAUGGCUAUCAUCAAGUUGGAAAAGCCUGUUACCCUGAAUGACUAUGUGACACCUAUCUGUCUUCCCCGUACUCCUGAGCAAUUAGCUAACCUUCGCGUCGGAGAUCUGAUGACAGUUGCCGGCUGGGGGAAGACCAACAUGACUACAGAAGAACGGGCUAAAGUGCUGCAGUAUGUUGGAAUACCAAUUGUACCGCCGGCAAUGUGCGAUUCCUUCGGCAAGGGAUUCAAACUAACAGAAGCAGAGAUCUGCGCGGGAGCAGAUUUUAAUAAGGACGCAUGCGGGGGUGAUUCAGGAGGCCCACUCAUGAAGGUUUUUGACACACCUGAUGGUCCUAAAAACUACUUAGUUGGAGUAGUGUCCUUCGGCCCAACAAUAUGUGGCAUCAAAAAGCCGGGAGUUUACUCAUCCGUGUCACACUUCCUUAAAUGGAUCCUAGAUAAUUUAGACUGAUUCUAACGUUCUAUAGUGAUAUUACAUUAUACUUAUUCGUAGUCGUUCUAUUUAUGUAAUUAAGUAAAUAAUUUAUACAAAAAA